AUGGCGGAGCCGAGCGGCUCGCCCGUGCACGUCCAGCUUCCCCAGCAGGCGGCCCCGGUGACAGCGGCGGCGGCCCCGGCGGCCGCGACAUCAGCACCGGCCCCGGCUCCGGCGGCGCCCGCAGCCCCGGCCUCGGCUCCAGCAGCGGCUCCAGCCUCGGCCCCGGCAGCUCAGGCGGUCGGCUGGCCCAUCUGCAGAGACGCGUACGAGCUUCAGGAGGUUAUCGGUAGCGGAGCGACGGCUGUGGUCCAGGCAGCCCUGUGCAAACCCAGGCAAGAACGCGUAGCCAUCAAGCGGAUCAACCUGGAAAAAUGCCAGACGAGUAUGGAUGAACUAUUAAAAGAAAUUCAGGCGAUGAGUCAGUGCAGCCACCCCAACGUAGUGACUUAUUACACUUCCUUUGUGGUCAAAGAUGAGCUUUGGCUGGUGAUGAAAUUACUAAGCGGAGGUUCCAUGUUGGACAUCAUCAAAUACAUUGUCAAUCGAGGCGAGCACAAGAACGGCGUUCUGGAAGAGGCAAUAAUCGCAACAAUUCUUAAGGAAGUUUUGGAAGGUUUAGACUACCUGCACAGAAAUGGCCAGAUCCACAGGGAUUUGAAAGCUGGCAAUAUUCUUCUGGGUGAGGAUGGUUCGGUACAAAUAGCAGAUUUUGGGGUAAGUGCAUUCUUAGCAACGGGUGGUGACGUGACACGGAAUAAAGUCAGAAAAACAUUUGUUGGUACCCCAUGUUGGAUGGCCCCUGAAGUCAUGGAACAGGUGAGAGGCUACGACUUCAAGGCCGACAUGUGGAGCUUUGGGAUAACUGCCAUUGAAUUGGCAACCGGAGCAGCGCCCUACCACAAAUACCCUCCAAUGAAAGUGCUAAUGUUGACUUUGCAAAAUGACCCGCCCACUUUGGAAACCGGAGUAGAGGAUAAAGAAAUGAUGAAAAAAUAUGGCAAGUCCUUCCGAAAGUUGCUUUCACUGUGUCUUCAGAAAGAUCCUUCCAAAAGGCCCACAGCAGCAGAACUUUUAAAAUGCAAAUUCUUCCAGAAAGCCAAGAACAGAGAGUACCUGAUUGAGAAGCUGCUGACAAGAACGCCAGACAUAGCCCAGAGAGCCAAGAAGGUAAGGCGAGUCCCUGGGUCGAGCGGUCACCUCCAUAAGACUGAGGAUGGCGACUGGGAGUGGAGCGACGACGAGAUGGACGAGAGGAGCGAGGAGGGGAAGGCCGCUGCCUCCCAGGAGAAGUCACGAAGAGUGAAGGAAGAAAACCCAGAGAUCUCAGUAAAUGCUGGUGGCAUCCCCGAGCAAAUACAGUCUCUCUCCGUGCACGACUCUCAGGGCCAACCCAAUGCUAACGAAGACUUCAGAGAAGGUCCGUGUGCAGUCAACCUUGUUUUAAGAUUAAGAAACUCCAGAAAGGAACUGAAUGACAUACGAUUUGAGUUUACUCCAGGAAGAGAUACAGCAGAUGGCGUGUCUCAGGAGCUCUUCUCUGCGGGCCUGGUUGACGGCCAUGAUGUAGUUAUAGUGGCUGCUAAUUUACAGAAGAUUGUAGAUGACCCCAAAGCUUUAAAAACAUUGACAUUUAAGUUGGCUUCUGGCUGCGAUGGGGCGGAGAUUCCUGAUGAAGUGAAGCUGAUCGGGUUCGCUCAGUUGAGUGUGAGCUGAUGUACGUCCCUUGCUGUCACCCUCAUCUAUCACGCCCCCCUUCCAGCCCCCUCUUUGCCUCCUUCCCCUCCCACCCCCUCACUCCCAAU